GUUCUGAGUGGUGCGCGGGGACAGCCGUCGGCGGUGCUGGAGCAGAGGCGGCCACGCACGCCCACCCCGCUGCAAACCGGCCAUGGACUCGGACGCGAGCCUGGUGUCGAGCCGUCCUUCCUCACCGGAGCCCGAUGAGCUCUUCGUGGCGGCGGCGCGGAGCAAGAGCGCGGGCGGCGGCGGCGGCUUCUCGGGGGCCGCGUCGUCGUCGGGCGGCGCGGUGUCCAGCUCGACGCCCGGCGAGUCCCCGGUCGAGCUCAGCGCCGAACUGCGCAGCGCCAUGAGCGCCGCCGGCGUGGUGAUGGUGGACAAGUUGGCCUUCAAGUCGCCCUCGUCGCUGUCCUCGUCGUCCUCAUCCUCGUCGUCCUCGUCCUCGUCGGCGGCCUGCAAGAAGGACAAGAAGCAGAUGACGGAGCCGGAGCUGCAGCAGCUGCGCCUGAAGAUCAACAGCCGCGAGCGCAAGCGGAUGCACGACCUGAACAUCGCCAUGGACGGCCUGCGCGAGGUGAUGCCCUACGCGCACGGGCCGUCGGUGCGCAAGCUCUCCAAGAUCGCCACCCUGCUGCUGGCGCGCAACUACAUCCUCAUGCUCACCAACUCGCUGGAGGAGAUGAAGCGCCUGCUCAGCGAGAUCUACGGGGGCCACCACGCCGCCGGCUUCCACCCUCCGCCCGCCGCCGCCUGCCCCGCCGGCCUGGUGGGCCACGCCGCGCCGCUGCCCGCCCACCCGGUCUCCCACGCCGUGCACCACCCCAUCCUGCCCCCGGCCGCCGUCUCCAGCGCCUCCCUGCCCGGCGCCGGCGCCCUGGCCGCCGUCACCUCCAUCCGGCCCUCGCAUGGCCUGCUCAAGUCGCCCUCCGGCGCCGUUGGCCCCCUGGCCAGCGGCUUCCAGCACUGGGGAGGAAUGCCCUGCCCGUGCAGCAUGUGCCAGGUGCCCGCGCCCUCGCACCAUCACGUCUCCGGUAUGAACCCGGCAGGCCUGUCCAGACUCACCGGAGACGCCAAGUGAAGGGCCGGCCGAGGGCUCAGCGCCACGCCCGCGGGGAGCCCCGACGGCGACCGGAGGGAAGGCGGCCCCGCCAGGACCUGCACAACUGGAGCCGCCACUUGAGCAUCCUUCCCCGCAACUCGCUCGCACUGGCUGCCCAGGCCCUCUCGCCAGACGGGGAGAAGCGGUCGCGCGAUCCUCGUCCCCUGCCGGCUGCCUCCAGCAAACGCGGCGCAACGGGCUCGCCCUCCCGGCCCCAUUCGCUCCGGUCUGCGUUUCAGGGCUGGCCGUCGACUUCGGAGCCUCGCCUGCUGUCCUUGUCCUUCAGGCGUCGAUAGAAGAAGAGGCAGACAGUGUCAGGCAGCACAGACAUUCAAGGCAGAGAGCCUCCAACGCCCGGCACAGCCGAUGACUUUGAAAACCUGCUCACACCUUUUCAAGAUUUCCCUUUUGCGCCUUCACUUUUUGAAAUGUUUUGUGGCUGCUGCUCCUCUCUCUCUCUCUCUCUCUCUCUCUCUCUCUCUCUCUCAGCACUGGCACACACAAAGUCUGACUUCUGCACAGGUUGUAAAUAGGAACGCGGUCCCCCUGAAAUCAGUGGGUCUUGCUUUCAUGUAAAUGCGUUUAGGAUCUGGGUGCUUGGUGGAAGUCAAGGCCACCUCGCAUAUUAUUUGGGGGUUGCUGGGCUGGCUUCUCUGUUAUGGGUGGGUAGG